UAGCAAGGCGGAAGUGCCCGCGGUUGCCAUGGUAACCGAGGCCUGGGGGCGGCCAUGGGCGAGUCGGGCCCAGGGGGCUCCGGGAAUGCCUGCGGGCUGCGGCCCGGCCUGCGGUGAGGGAGGGCCGGGGCUGCCUCCUGGCCGUGUUUUUAUUUUUAGUUUAAGUCGUCCAUGGUGAAGGAAUGCAUCCACGCGAUACUGAAGGAGAAGCUGGCCGAUGCUCAGUACGUCCCAGAAGAAGUGCCUCAGCUCACAAAGUCGUUAUCAGAGAUAAUAAAAGAUAGGCUGAAAGAGGAGGGAUUUGACAGGUACAAAAUGGUGGUGCAGGUUGUGAUCGGAGAGCAGAGAGGAGAAGGAGUGAAUAUGGCUGCACGGUGUUUCUGGGAUGCUGACACUGACAGCUAUGCUCAUGAUGUUUUUGUUAAUGACAGCCUCUUUUGUGUGGUAGCUGCAUUUGGCUGCUUCUACUAUUGAAGAUGGUAAAGAUUGCACAAAAAGACAAAGGUGGGGAGGAAUACUUUAGAGUAUUUUUGCUAACACACACAAAAGCACCAUACUCUUUCUUUAAUACCUAACACAAUACAGCUCUACAAAGCACAUCCUACACCUGUUACACUACAACAUCCCUCCUCCCUUGUGGAUAUCACUAUAGCUUUAAGCACAUUAUUAUCAUCUCCUUAUUUAAAUCAUCCUUUUGUUUUUAUGUAGUGUACUGGUUUUGUCCUAAACAGUAUACUGCCAAUAGCCAUUGUUUCUAGGACAAACUGAACUGGGGUUGUAAAAGAGUUCUGUUAUUUUUACUUUGUUAAUUUCCUGAAGUGAGUGAAAUAUUUCUCAGAAAUAUAAUAUAAUAAAUCCAUGUAUUUACUGUUUCUCUCCUGUGUGUUUACCUUUACUGUUUCCACCACUGGUUCUUUUUCUCCACUCUGCGAAAUGCACUGGCCUUGAUUGCUCAUCAGUGCUUCUCAGAUAAGCAUUUUCUGAGGAUUCCGUGUAAGUUAAUAAAUAAAGCUGAUCUCUAAUUCUGACUA